AAUCGAUCAACAGUAGAAGCAAUGAUAACAUGGAUGAACAAAGAGAAGCCCCUGACGGGCCUGCUAGCAAGCAGAGAAGACAAAGUAUUCAGACUGAGUCAAUAACCGAGAAGUUAAAUGACAUAUACGGGUUUGCUAUGGAUGUGGUUGAGAUACGGACGCCCGCCCCUAGAUACUAUUCCGCAGCCGCUGCACAAGUUGAAACAGAUGAGAAGGAUGCUUCUUCGCCUCCUAAGGCGAUCGUACAUCUGGAGGGCGCCAACUUGCGCAAGAAGUAUUUGCUGCACGAACUCAACAGGACGUUGGCGUCAUCGUCAAUGGUGGCUGUGCUACAGCACCACAGUCUCUCUGUAGAGGAGAUGAUGGCGUUUCGUCAGACGCUCAAGGCCAAGAAUUUGGAGUUCACAAUUGUACGGAACAAACUUACGCGGAAGGCUCUUGCAGGUGUGCAUCGGUUCUUAGUCUUCCCACUCCACUCGCGUCUCAAAUGGCAGCUAUGUGAGAUCUGCUGUCCUUGCUUUGCUAAUGACAUGGCUUGCAUUGCUAAUAACAUGGCUUACAUUACUAAUGACAUGGCUUGCAUUGCUAAUGACAUGGCUUGCAUUGCUAAUGACAUGGCUUGCAUUGCUAAUGACAUGGCUUGCAUUGCUAAUGACAUGGCUUGCAUUGCUAAUGACAUGGCUUGCAUUGCUGAUGACAUGGCUUACAUUGCCAAUGACAUGGCUUGCAUUGCUAAUGACAUGGCUUACAUUGCUAAUGGCAUGGCUGGCAUUGCUAAUGACAUGGCUUGCAUUGCUAAUGACAUGGCUUGCAUUGCUAAUGACAUGGCUUGCAUUGCUAACGACAUGGCUUACAUUGCUAACGACAUGGCUUGCAUUGCUAAUGACAUGGCUUACAUUGCUAAUAACAUGGCUGGCAUUGCUAAUGACAUGAUAUCGAACAAGAGACUGAAUCCGCAAGCGUUGACUUGGCCCAGUACAGCCGCCUUCACGUUUUGUUUCUGGUGUCUUGUGAUUCUGACGGGUGUUAGUUAG